UAACUACCAGAUUAGAAAGUUUAGAUUCUAGCAGAAUCCUUGUAAAUGCUUGCUCUUACUUGUUAUUAGUUUGGACCGGGCUCGAGGGUUCGAUUUGACUUUGAUGAAGUCAUCGUCCUCAUCUGGUUUGUGAGUUGCUGAUUUUGGGGGUGAUUAGGAGUAUUAGUCUUCGGGUGCUUUCCCACUGGUGGUGGUAGAAUCAACAAUGUGGAAUCGGAGAGGAGAAUCUGCAGAGAUUGGGUCCCUCAGAGUAUGCUUUGAUGCAGUUACAGCGACAAAGGAGACUGCUGGAUUUCCCGGAUAGGGUGAUUACUGUUUUCUAAAUCAGGCAGGCUGUCCAUGUGCUGUACUUCUGCGACCAGAGCGCCGUGCAGUCUUUGGGUGGCUGCGGCCCACAAGGCGACAUGGCUAUUCACUGUUAGUGCUAGUUGUCUUUGACGACAACUGAUUUCGGACCCUGAAAGGAAGAUUAAGCCAUGAGGCAGUUGAGUUUGAUUGAUGCUACUGUGGUGGAGUCAGCGUCUGCUUUUUCUAUUUUGUUGAAAAGCAAGCAAGCUAUGCGAUCCGCUGGUCACAAUAGUAUCAUAGCUUUCCACAGCUACAUGCCACAUUUCGGUCUCGAUUCCUCCAGCGUGAGCCACUUCUAUUGUCCAAAUAACCCAAGUCGCAUCCUGUUCACCUUCGGGCGUAUCCGCUUAGUGGGGUCCUUACAGAUUAUGUAGUGCGUAUGAGGUUGGCGGAGUGAACCUAUGGUGUUGAUCGUGGAUCUGUAGUCGAGGAUUACAGUUUGAGGUUUUUAAAGGUUUUUCGGAGCAAGAGAGACAGAGUGAGACUAUUAAGAUAAUCUGUUGCAAUGCUAUCAUGUCAGAGCUCUUGUCCUCCAUGAGGCUCGCAUUCAUAAAACCCAAGUUGUCGCAGCAUGGAGAGGAGCUACAUGAUCAAGAGUGGCACUCUGAGAGAAUAGGCAUAGACCACAGAAGGUUCUCUUUGUUGGUUGCAUUACCAUUUACGUUGUCGUCUUAGCUGCAACUCUUGUUUGAAUCAGCGCCGAUUCACCACCACAGCCGAUUUAGUCAGAAAAUCUUUAUUGCUGUAUUCAUUUUCUAAUUCCCUUGAAUAGAGAAGAAGGGGUUAAACGAUCCUUUGCACAGCCAUGGAUGUGCAUUAAUCUUUUAGUAGAACUCUUGGGAAUGGGGAUGUCCAUAUCCGUUUAAGAGCGUCCGUCUGUGUCACACUCGCCUCGUCAAGUUAGAUUGUGUUUGUCGCAAUGGAUGCGGCUACCAUUCGACGAGGAAGCGGUGGAAGCAGAAGCUCCAGCUCCAGCCACAGCAGUACUUGCAAUCCCCUGGUCCCUGGCCCUAUCAUCACAGUGUCACCAACCCGCGCUCCGGACUACGAUUGCACAGAUUGCGGUUCUUUUUUUUUUGGCAGCCGGGGGAGGCACCGGCCUCGAUCCCAUGGCGCCUGGAGCAGCAGCAGCCAUCACCACUCGCGAGGAAACAUCAUCAGUGAACCCGUCCAGAGGCUCUUCUUGGUUGGAUCCACGCCCGUGCAUCACCCCGCCACUUCUGCGGUAUCACAGCAAGUGUUUCUGCCCCAAAACGAGCAGCUACAUGAAAUUUCCCAGGCGACAGAGCUUCAGGACAUUGUCGACCUUACAAACGCAACAGGUCCAUCGGUUGAUGUCAGGGAACCGGUUUCUUUAGAGGCCUCCGACAAUGAGAAAGUGGGAAACCAAAGAGCGGUAGAUUUUGUAUCUUGUCAUGGUGCCACAUCCACAUUUGCUGGCAACGUCAAUGACUCAUCGUCGACAUUGGCAGAAAUUUUUCGGUGCUUCAUCUGUCUUGGAAAGGUUGUGGAUGCCCAGCUGUGUCCAUGUUGUUCCAAGCUGGUGUGCCAGUCGUGUAUCAAGAGAUGGCUCACAGAUCAAAAGUCAGAGUGCCCACACUGCCGUGCGCCCCUCCUUCUAUCGCAACUCGUGAGCUGUCGAUUUAUCUCUGAGAUUUCCUCGGAAGUUGAGAAGAUUCAAGGGAAUUUAGGUGACAGUUCAAUAGAAAAGCAGUACUGUCCGGCCCAUGACAGCCCCUUUCUCUACUUCUGCACGACAUGCUCAGUCCCCGUAUGCCCAGACUGUGCGGUCCUGAUUGAGGAUCAUCGAAAUCACACGUUUGAGAAGCUGAGUGUUGCCUAUGGGCGUCACAAGAAGAAAAUUCGCAUGGAAGCUGCCGGGCUACGCAAGCGCCAGAAGGAACUCUCCGCUCUCGUGGUUUCAGUUGAAAAAAACAUCGACACUGUGCUUAAGGCAAAGGACGAAUCUGCUGCAGAGCUUCAAAUGGCUUUUAAAAGGAUGCAGUCUCGACUUGAAGAGCAGCUCAAAUGUAAACUACUGGCAUUACUCGCACAAAAGGGUUCUAUGACUCAAGAAAUGGAGCUUCUGGACACAAUAUUGCACGAGUUAGAUCAACAGCUGAACAGUAUUCCAAAGAGUGACCUCAUAGCGCAAGAACCUAACAUGAGCCGCAUGCUGCAGGACAUCCGAACGCGCACUUUGUCGCAUAUAUCGUGCACACCUAUUCCUCCUGAAUUUACGUCAGAGGUUGUUCCCUCGUACGAGCAUGGAGAACUCAUUUUGAAGAAAUACAAGGAAACUAUCACCCUACCCAGAUCUUCUGUUUUCUCUCCUGGUGGCACUCCGAGUUCCAGUGAAGCCUUGUCGAGCAAAGAUGUUGUGUACAGUGAGCCCAUCCGUGGUUCAGGUAUUACGUGGAGACUGAAGGUGUACCCAAAUGGCAGCGGCGCUUCUUUGGGUACUCAUCUCUCUGUCUUUCUGGAGAUGGUAGAUGGCGGAAAUGAAGCGGUAACUUACGAGUAUGGUAUAGAGCUCCUUCACCAGACUCGUCCAAACCAGCGCAUCGUUCGCAAGUUCUCUUCCGACUAUGAGGUGGGUGCGUGUUGGGGUUACUACCAGUUCUUCAGGAUCGAUCUUCUGGAGAAGGAAGGCUACCUCCAACCAGAUGAGGAUACCAUCACUUUGCGCUUCUACGUGCGCCCUCUCACAUUUCAACAGCAAUGCCAGGACUUGCGGAGAUCACUUGCCGCUUUGCAAGUUGAGCGUGACGAGUCAGCCACGCAGGUGACAGUGAUUCGAAGGGCGUUCGCAACAGCAUUAUUCCAGCGUAGGCGCAGGCGAAGCAACCGGACCGUUGGGCAGGUUGCAAACGAGAAAGUGGCCUUAGCGCAAGCUGUUGCAACCGGAACGGGCACCACCAUCGCCUCAAAUACGCUUGCGUUGCGUAAAGAGCUUCAAGUUUCAAGCAUCAAGGAUUUGCCAAGGACAAUGCAGGAUUCCAGUGGUACCAGAGCUGGCAAGUCAUGGAACCUGGGGAUGUUGCCUCAAUGUGAGGAUCGUUGUAAUUCUGAAUGCACCAUUGUGAUCCACUCUGAAGAUAUUUCUCAAGCUGUCGCUGCAGAUUCUCCAGUUCGACCGAACGAAUCUAGUCUCACUCAACACGAUGGUCCUUUAGGUGAGGGACAUUUUUCAGAGUUAAUGACGCAUCCAAAGCGUGGUGACAUCCCUGCAACAACAACAAAGCACGAUGAUGAUAACGUAAGAGCGCUACCCAUGGAGCCAACUGCUACCCGAAAACCCAAAGACAUAAAUUAUCAAGAGCUGUGGACGAAGAGGGGAGAGGAGUCUUUUCAGACACCUAAAGUUCGUUCCCACAAGAAGAUUCGAAGCCGGAAAGCCCUCAAGGUGCUUCGUGCUCCCGAAGCCCUGCCGCCCUUCACAGAUCUGUCAGAUACCGGUGGACUUGAUCAGCAACUCGCCAGCGUCUCUUUGGAGAGGAGCCCCUCGACUAAAAAGACUGCAAACCCUGCUGCUCCUGGAAACGGUCAUGAAAGUUCAAGAAAUGAGAUGUGCGAGGAUGGUGCAGAUUCUCAUCAAGUAGUCCAGAACGAGUCGACUGGGCCAACUGUUGUCAGUGCCAUUGAUAGAGCUCUAAUCGAUGAGGGGAUGGAAGAGAAAAAAUAUCUCUACUAUACCUCAAUGUCCGGCUCUAGUAACUUCUGCACCCCGGAUAUCGAAGACUGCAGCAACUUCAAGCAAGCAACGGAAGAUGGAACCGACACGAGUAUACAUCACUAAGUUAAGACGGAUGACUUAGUUUUAAACUAGACAAAUUUGUGGUCAUUUUGGAGUGAGGAGUUUCUCACUGCCUCUUCACCGAGUGCUGUGAUCCGGUCUUUUACGGAAUCUUAAUGCAAAAUCAAGGUGAAGGGGCGGAAGAACCCCGCCAAGGCGUUUUAAUCCGUCCAUGAAUGGCUGCAAAAUAUUUCAAGUUAUGCUUGAACCCUGUACAGCAUUUGACGAUUACAGUCGACAAUGUGAUUUGAGCAGUUUCGACCUAAAAGUUCCACAGAAUUGGAGGCGAACGAUCAAACCUGGAGCCGACAAGCCCUACCAUCAAAAUUUUGAGCCAAGUGGAUAGGACUUGCUAGAAAUGAAGCUUAGUUAACGCAAUGCAGCUUGUACCCCUCUUUGAGAAAGUGAUGCAUCAAGUGAUAUUUAGAAUGUAAACUCCAAUCAAUACACAAAUUCUAAACCAAGGAUACAUAUGAAAAUAUACAUAUGAAUAUUUUCAUAUGUAAAUAUACAUAUAAAUACGACAUCACGGUCAAGUCGUCCUAAAGCUUGUAUCAUAUUAUUCAUUUGCAUAAACUCGUUACUUGCCACU